CCAACAGACUACAGGAUGUAGAUAAUAGGAUAUGAAAACAAAAAUAUAAUAGCCCCAUCAGUUUGCUUAAAAAAAAGGGAGAAGUUAAGCAAAUAGGAAACGUAAUUCUCAUACCAGACCCCCCUUCUUGCCUCCGCCGUCCUGCGCCUCUCGCAAAAGGGAGAAGUUUCUUUCUUUCUAUAUCUAUCUGGAAACACUUAACUCUUUUCCCCUGUCUCUCUCCCUUCCUCUCCAAAGACGGUUUUUAUUGUUGAAGUAAUCAAAUGAAAAUCAUUUCACUUAUUUGCAGCACUUAAGACCAUAGAAUUUCAGGAUUCAUGUGUGUUUUUUGGGGUCCAUGAGUCCAUGCUCCCAUCAACAUUCUCGUCCACUUUCAUGAAAAUGUUGUACGGGAUUUCACCAAAACUCAAUCCCAACAACUCUUCUGUGUCUUUCUCAUGAUUUCUUCCUCUGCCCUGUGUUUUUUUUGUAUGCAUUUGUAUUGUGAAAGUUGAUUUUUCCUUUUUAAAUACUCUUAUGGCUUCGAGGGCUGUUGGAACCAUCAGGGUUAGCACAAUGAGGCCUCUUUCGAUUAUGGGCGGGUCAGAUUUGGUAUACAAACGAUGUGGGUUUCGCUUUGAUCUGAGGUGCAAUCGGGAUUUUAAUAGGUUCUCUGGACGAGAAUGUUGUCGUUUGGCUGUUUUCCCUCAGAGAGCUAUCACUCCUGUUGAAGAUGAGAAACCUUUCAUUCCUGAGGUGGAGCCUUCUGGGGCAAUUGAUAGGGUUCAGGACACUGAGUCCAGUGUCAUUCACAAGGAUUUGAACCUUCUUCCUAAACCAUUAUCAGCAGCAGAUCUUUCUGCAUCUCAAGAUGACAACAUAAAAGUACGGGUUGCUUAUCAGGGUAUAGCAGGUGCAUAUAGUGAGGCUGCUGCACUAAAAGCAUACCCCACGUGUGAAACUGUCCCAUGUGAACAUUUUGAAGCCGCAUUCAAGGCUGUUGAACUCUGGUUAGUGGAUAAAGCAGUCCUUCCCAUUGAGAAUUCAGUUGGCGGCAGCAUCCACCGUAAUUAUGAUCUAUUCCUUCAACAUAGGCUGCAUAUUGUGGGAGAGGUGCAGAUGGCAGUCAACCAUUGCCUGUUGGGUUUGCCUGGCGUACAAAAGGAGGAAUUAAAACGUGUCUUGAGCCACCCCCAGGCCCUUUCCCACUGUGCGAUGAUAUUGAGUGAGUUAGGUGUUGUAAAAGUUAGCACUGAUGAUACAGCUGGUGCUGCUCAGACAGUAGCUAUCUGUGGCAUCAGAGAAACUGGUGCUAUCGCAAGCGCUCGAGCAGCAGAAAUCUAUGGUCUUGAAAUGCUUGCAGAAAAAAUCCAGGAUGAUGAUGACAAUAUAACCCGCUUUUUGAUACUUGCAAGAGAACCUAUUAUUCCAGGAACUGACAGGCCUCAUAAGACAAGCAUUGUUUUCAGCCUCGAAGAAGGUCCUGGUGUUCUGUUCAAAGCAUUGGCAGUGUUUGCUUUGAGGGGUAUUAAUUUGUCAAAGAUAGAGAGUCGUCCACAAAAAAAUCGUCCUUUAAGGGUAGUUGAUGGUUCCAACAAGGGGAGUGCCAAGUACUUUGACUACCUUUUCUAUAUCGACUUUGAAGCUUCUAUGGCAGAACCUCGUGCUCAAAAUGCAUUGGGACAUUUGCAGGAAUUUGCAAGAUUUCUUCGCGUUCUUGGUUGCUACCCUAUGGAUACAGCUGUAUAAAAACUUACCUUGGCAUCUAUUCUUACGGUUAUCAUGAUUUCUGAAACCCACCAACAAAGAUACAAUUCAGCCUUCGUUUGCUGUACAUAAAUAUAUUAACAUGGCCCAAGCGAACCUGGAACUGGAAGAGAGUUUAUUGGAAUGUGAUCAAGGCUUGUUGAUGAGAUGGCAGCAUGCCAACAGUAUCUUUUCACUUAAAAAAACUUUCAUAUUUCUCUUUCACAAUUCUUUUCAUCCCCUUGACAAGGAAUAUCAGAACAUUAUGUUUCUGUAGAUGUAAUAGUUGAAGGCAAGUCUACAAGGACAUAAAUUCCUGUUCCUGGAAUAAAAUUAGUGCACUUAAAUUUGCAUUUUCAA